AUGGGACAAAUACUUUCACAACCAGUGACUGAGAAGCACUCAGAAGAAGGGCAAGAUAAAUACUUGGCGUUUGGUUUAUCGUCAAUGCAAGGCUGGAGAAUCAAUAUGGAGGAUGCACAUACCACAAUUUUGGAUAUGCUGAAGGAAGUUACAUCCGAUGACGAUGAGGAUGAUGAGGAUGAUGAUGAUGAUGGAAAUAAAACACAGGAUGUCGACUCUGUUGCUGCAAAAAAACUGAGUAGUGAGAAGUUGGUUAGUGAAAAUGACAAGACAAGCAGUUCUUUGCCUAAUGAUCAUACUGCCUUUUUUGGUGUGUUUGAUGGUCACGGAGGUGAAAAGGCUGCAAUCUUUGCAGGCAAGCAUUUGCAUCGAAUAAUCAAAGAUACAAAAGAGUAUAAGCAAAACAAUUACACUCAGGCUUUGAAACAGGGCUUUUUGGAUUGUGACCAAGCAAUCUUGAAGGAUAUACUUAUGAGAGAUGACGAAAGUGGGUGUGCUGCCACCUCUGCCAUCAUUACCCCACAAUCCAUUAUUUGUGGUAAUGCGGGUGAUUCUAGAACCAUUAUGUCUAUUAAUGGGUACGCAAAGGCAUUGUCAUACGACCACAAGCCAUCAAAUGAAGGCGAAAAGACUAGAAUUAGUGCUGCUGGCGGGUACGUUGACAUGGGUCGUGUCAAUGGUAAUUUGGCCUUGUCCAGAGGUAUUGGAGAUUUUGAAUUCAAAAAGAAUGCAGAUUUACCGGCUGAAGAACAGAUUGUUACUUGUUAUCCAGAUGUUAUUGUUCACAAUAUUGAUUACGAACAGGAUGAGUUUGUGAUCUUAGCAUGCGAUGGUAUUUGGGAUUGUUUGACCUCGCAGAAAUGUGUUGAAUGUGUUAGAAGGGGUAUUUAUGAAAGAUGGUCUUUGACCGAAAUUUGUGAAGAGAUUAUGGAUUUGUGUUGUGCCCCAACUUCAGAUGGUACUGGUAUUGGAUGUGACAAUAUGUCGAUUGUCAUUGUUGCUUUGUUGGAUUACGCCAAGAAUGAAACGUUGGAGCAAUGGUAUGACAAAAUUAUCAAGAAGAUUGAGAUCUCGGAAAACGAAAAAGCAACUUCCACCUCAGAACAACCAAAGUUUGGUCCAAUCUCAGAACCAUAUGAAAAGAUUUAUAAAGAAAUGUAUGGAAAUCAGUAUGAUAUUGGAGUUGCGGGUGAUUUGAAUAGCAACGGUGGAGGCAGAGGAAGUCUGGGUUUGAACGGAUCCAUCUUUGGUCGUGGUGGCUACGACGACGAAGAUGGUACUGGCGAAGACCACAAUGGUAAUGGUACUGGCGGUGCUUACGAUGAUGACCCAGGAAUGAAUGGUGAUGCCGUUUCAUUAUCAAAAUUGUUGUCUUCCAACGCGCUCACCAAUGAGAACGGUGUGAUUUACUUAGACACGUCGUCGGCUCAAAACAUUCUUGCAAAUUUGGGUGUAGUCGGGCUGUACCAUCAUGAAGAUGCCGAGCAGGAAAAGAUUGAGGAAGUACAAGGUGACAGCAAUGAUGAAAGCGACCACGAAAAUGGAAAAGCGAAUGAAAAGGGAAGCGAAGAUGCUAAAGUAGUAUAG